CAUGCAUUGCAAACGAUUUUAAGCUCUAUUCUUUUACAGUUAUCAUUAGUCCUACAGUAAUUAACCCAUUUAGGUACAGGAACCGACAGGAGCUGCGGAUGACCUAGCAGGUUACUGGAAACCCGGUUCGAAGUAGUUACGAGUACCUACCUAGGAACGGGUUUGCUUUUAGUCAGUAAAAAUUAUUGGAUAAUUUUCCUCCUCAAAUAAAAAAAGGUACACGCUAGAACUGAUCAAGAAAUCAAAGCCUGGUUUUUCCGCGAAGGCAUGGACUGUAAUAUUGAACACCCUAUAACACCAAAGGAAAUGCUGGAACUAAAGGAGAACAAAAUACCUGAUACGAACAACGCUAAAUGUUUCGUUGCCUGCGUUUUCAAGAAAACUGGUAUGCUGGACAGCAAAGGCAUGUAUGACGCAGAAAACUCAAUAGCAAUGACACAAAAAGAUUUCGCUAAUGACCCGAAGAGAUUAGAAGGUUCCAAGAAACUUUUGGAAACUUGCAAGAAAGUGAACGACGAGACCGUGUCCGAUGGUGAAAAGGGAUGUGAACGAUCAGUCCUAUUACAUAAAUGUUUUGUAGAAACUGCGCCUCAGCUUGGAAUAAAAUUACCUUAAGCGACAGGAAGAUCAACCAUGCUCCACAUAAACAUAAAUAAUAUUCAUACAAAUAAAAUUACAUUAAUGAGCAAUAAUAAUAAUUUUAUUUAUUUAUUAACCUUAGAAAACACUUCAAACAACAGGGGCCCUAAAAUAUUGAAUACAAAAUAUCUACUAUAUUAUUAUGUAUACGUAUUACGCAGUUCUUAGGUUAUUAUGACGUGUAUAAUGAUAUAUAGAUUGAUAUCACACUGCUCUACUAUAAUAAGUUUUUCAUUACCAGAUGGCGCUAGUAUAGGUUAAAGUUUACUAAACAAAUACAAUAUUUGCUAAUAGCUGAGGCAUAGCUGCGAUUAAUUGUCGCACUACAAAACGUCGCGCGAUUAAUAAUUACUUAAAUCCACAUGAUGCAAUUUUGCGUCAAUUUUAUCGCGCGAUAAAAAGUUGUUAUGCGCGCUUAAACUAUAAGGAUCUUUCGCCUCACUAGCGCCAACUAGUAAGCAUAAAAUCGAAAUAAAUUGUCUAGAAGCUGAUAUCAUACAUGGUAUAUAUUAUGUCAAUACAUUUUAUUUUUGUUUAGAAUCUUUCUUUGACUAUCUUCCCAUUACUUUGUUUGACAAACGCUUUUCACAUAAACUCUAAUCAGCUAACAUAAAUAUCAUAAUAUUUGUGGUUCUUGCUGAAAUAUAAAUCCCUGCUACUCUAUAGAUACCAUGGAAUUAAAUUAUAAUGCGAACAUUAAAAGAAAUACAUAUUAUCUAAUAAACCUUAAAUGAAACACGCACAGUCACGUCUAUGGUAACAGUUUUACAGACUGCACCUUUAUUACAAAGCGAUAAAGUUCAUUUUUUAGUGUCACAAAAUUUCAAAUUACAAAGUUUUAUUAUAAUAUCAAUCUUCAUUGUUUCGACACUCGAGCCUUUUCGAUUAACCUACAGUUUUAUUCCUCUUUCAUCUUUCGCAAACAAACUAAAAGAGCAACAUUUUUCAAGUUUAUUUUUUAUGAA